AUGAGCUACAUUCUGAAUAAAAACAUCAAUUUGCUUCAUAAGAUUAAUUUCACUGAAUAAUACUUAGCAUUACUGCGCGAUGACAGAAUUUCAAUGGCCAUGGGAGUACACAUUUCCACCAUUUUUCACCCUACAACCUCACGAAGAAACACGUAAUCAACAAAUUAAGGUCUGGGCCGAUCUCGUUUUACGCUACCUCAAAUAUUUAAAUAAAUACCAAGUGAACAUUAAUGAAAGUACAUUUCCAUUAUUCAACAAUGAGACACUCAAACGGCGGCUAUCGCCUGAAACUAUAUUGGUCAUCUUGGAGUAUCUGCAACGUACUGGUCAUGCAGCGCCAUUGGAUAAGCGACGCAUAGAGUGGCAAGUGUAUUGGUAUACGCUGGAAGAAUAUGCUAAUAUGGUGUACGAUUGGAUACAGCAGACGGGUCAGUUGAAUACGAUUUGCACACUUUAUGAAAUUGCGUCUGGUGAGAAUUCUGAGGGUAUGGAAUUUCACGGUAUCGAUGAGAAGGUGUUACUAAAUGCUUUACGUACAUUGGAGAUUAAAGGCAAAUGUGAAGUGGUGGAAUUAGACGAUAGUUAUGGUAUAAAAUUCUUCUAAGGCUUGAGUACAAUAUUUGUAAAUUUAUACCUAUGUAUGUAUGCUAAAUGUAAUUCAUUUAUGAUAAAGUGGUGAUAAAAAAAUAAUAGAAUAAUAAACAAUUUAAUUAAAA